AUCGAUUGUUCUUGCACUAUCUCCAUCUCAAAUCGUUGGUGAUCACAAUAAUGCCUGCAACAUGCCACAUGAUGCGCGCCUUUUGUUACUAGUACUCUUUGCAGUUUAUUUGAAUCAUGUGGCAGCAAAUUCGGCAAGGUCACAUGGGCCAUAUCAUGAGCAUUCGAGGAGAUUAUUACAUCACAUAGGAGUGACAUCCUUGAUCAGCAGUUCCGAUCAAGCAGCGGCUUCAGCCCAAGGAGUGGAUCGAAUUGCACAUGGAAGCAAUCUCAAAGUACCUCCUCCUGUGUCCAUGCUUGUCUCCGGGCCCCUGCCAGCAAUCAAAACUGACUCACCUGACCAGUUCCGCGGCAAGCUUCGACUCCCACACUUUGCUAAGCCAAGCCGUUAUGACCUACAUUUCCGGCCUGACCUCGUCUUCUUCAACUUCUCUGGUGUGGUGGCAAUCAAUGUCACCAUCUUAUCACCCUCCCGUUUCCUUGUUCUCAAUGUUGUGGAACUCAUCGUUGACCCUGCUUCCAUCGACUUCAAGUCUUUGGUGCCGACCGAGGUGGUGUUUUUCAAGGAUGAUCAGAUUAUGGUGAUCGGUAUUUAGAAAGACCUUCCGGUAGGUAAGGGUGUGCUCAGGAUGCACUUCAAUGGCACCCUCAAUGAUGAGAUGAGGGGAUUUUUCAAGAGCUAUGAGUUCCUUAUUGCAUUUUUCAAGAGCUAUGAGUUCCUUAUGACAUUGGAGAUCGGACACAUACACUGAUAAACACAUGAUACGAAAUGUCAAAAACCCACAUCCGGCUGCCAGUGCCUUAAAACUUCACCUAGCCAUGGGGCCGACACAAGUUGGCGAGCUAUGGCGGUGUCAGUGUGGCGCUUGAGCCAGAGAGCUGCAGGCGGUAGCGGCAUCCCUGGCUACGCUGGUUGGGCAUGCGCCCACACACCAGGAAGAGCUCCUAUCCGCCGCCGUGUGAGCGGCGGAUAGCGAAAAACACACACAUGCGGGCGUGGUGUGCCGGCUCAGCUUAGCAACUGCAUUCGCAACCUUUGUUUUAUG